GGACAAAACACCCACUAUGGUCUAAAAUCUAGUGACAGAAAAAGAAUAGCUCACUAUGUAGUAAAAUUGUCGGCCAAUGCCAAAAACUACUGUUAUUCUUAUAUUAAAAUGAUGCUAUAACAAAUACCCAGGCCCAGCUCAUAAUUGUUGCUAAAAGAUCUGUAAUAGACAUUUCUAAAUCUUGUCAAAAUGGGGUCACUCAAAGUGGCAGUAAUUGGUGGUGGUGUUGCCGGAAUUAUAUCUUCCCGGGAGCUCCAUAGAGAAGGUCAUCGAGUCACUAUCUUCGAAAAAUCCAACAAACUUGGCGGAUUAUGGGUGUAUGACCCACGAGUAGAGUCCGACCCGCUGACUCACAAAAUGGUUCAUAGCAGCGUUUACUUCUCUCUUCGGACGAACCUUCCUCGGGUUCUGAUGAGUUUUUCCGACUUUUCAUUUGAAGAUAGACAUUAUGGGGAUCCGAGAACUUUCCCGGGUCAUCAAGAAGUGCGGGCAUUUUUGAAUGACUUCACGACUCAGUUUGGAAUCGUUGACUUGGUUCAGUUUAACUCAGAGGUUAUCCGAGUUGAACGAGUUGAAGGAAAAUAUAACCAGUGGAUGGUUGAGUGGAGGAGGACAGCCCAUGAUGAGGAAACAGGCCCAUUUUUGGAAAAAGAUAUUUUUGAUGCUGUCGUUGUUUGUAAUGGGCAUGGGACUGUGCCACGUAUUGCUAUUGUACCGGGAAUCGAGAAAUGGCCAGGAAAACAGAUACAUAGCCACAAUUACAGAGUUCCUGAUCCAUUUAAGAACCAGGUAGUAGUUGUGAUUGGAAAUGGGGCAAGUGCAUUCGAUAUAUCACGUGAUAUUUCAAAGGUUGCUAAAGAGGUUCAUCUUUCUUGUAGAUCACCACCCAAUUUAAAAUUUUCCAAACUUAAUCACUGUCAUAAUAAUUUAUGGCAGCACUCUGCUAUACGUAUGGCUAAAGAAGAUGGUAUAAUAGAUUUUGAAGAUGGUUCAUCAAUCGAGGCCAACGUACUUAUACAUUGCACUGGGUAUAAAUUUUACUUUCCAUUUCUUAACACAAAUGGAAUUGUGAGGGUUGAUGAUAAUCGAGUUGGACCAUUAUACAAGCAUGUAUUCCCUCCAGAGCUUGCUCCUUGGCUUUCUUUUGUAGGUAUACCUCUAAAGAUUAUAAGUUUUGAGAUGUUGGAACUACAAUCAAAGUGGAUUGCAAAGGUAUUAUCAAGAAAAGCAGGCCUACCUUCUAAGGAGGAGAUGAUGAGAGAUGUGCAAGAAUAUUAUCAACAAAUGACAGUAUUAAGACUGCCUAAACAUCUCACUCAUUAUAGCCACAAUUUUGAGGAGUACAUGGACUGGUUAGCAGUAAAAGCUGGAACUUCAUCAAUGGAUUGGAGAAAAGAGUUGUUCAAAGAGUGUGUUAAAUGUGUGCAACGCAAUGAGGAUCAAUUUAGAGACGAUCCCAUGUUCCUAAUCAGGGGCAUGUGGUAUGACACAGGAUCAAACAGGGUGUUGAAUGGAAUGGGAAGUAAGCACGAUAGACUCUACUACCUCCGGAAUAUAUCAAGCUCAAUUCAGAAUGUUACGAUUGCUAGAGAAUCUCCUUGUUUGUUUCUUUCGCAAUCUUAUUGUGUACAAGCACGAUUACAAAUUUAUCAUACGUCACUAUUUUAAAACUUGGUGAAGUUAUCUCUUCUGUUCGUAAUGAUGCAGGUAGCUCAAAUUCAGACUGUCAUGUAUAUUUUCUCAACAUAAUAUUUCCUUUAAAUAAUAACAUUGAUUUAUAAAUGAAUUAAUUCAUACUAAUAUAUUUGAAAUGAAAGCCUGAAAGAGGUUCAACAGUGAAAAACAAAAUGAAAAUUAAAGUAAAAGAUAAACAAAAGUGUUUAUGAUGUAUCUUGGAUACCUCCCCCUCA